AUGGACCAACAGAAGCAAAAACCUUCCAAAAGACUGGAUCUCCAAGGCAUCCGGGCUCUCGCUAUUCUAGUUGUUCUUGGCUUUCACUUCUACCCGGAGUUUUUACCAAAUGGGUAUCUAGGAGUUGAUCAAUUCUUCGUGCUCUCCGGAUUUCUAAUGUGUAUGCUGCUGAAGCGAGCUGAGAAUCAAUCGGCGUGCUCUUUAGUGACUCUGUUUUAUUCGAAACGAUUCAAGAGAAUCCUCCCACUAUAUCUACUUAUUAUCCUUAUUUCUAUGAUUUGUCUCUACAAUUUCUUCCCUGACACAGCUAUUGAGACGAAUAAGGAGUCGGCUCUUCACGCGUUACUUUUUGUGUCAAACAGACCAAAAACUGUGGCAGAGGACUAUUUUACAAUGCUCUCUAUCGCAAUCGACAUCUUCACACAUACUUGGUCGCUCUCAGUGGAAAUUCAAUUCUACUUUCUGGUUCCUUUCAUCUUCCUCCUAUCUACCAAAUUACCUGGGAAGCAGCAAUAUGGGUACUAUGGAGUUAUAGGACUUUCACUGGUGUAUUUCUAUUCAGUACCUGGAACUGUUGCAUUCAAUAGUGUUUUUGCGAGGAUUUGGCAGUUCAUGAUUGGUAUGGUAGUCUAUCUUCUUGGAACUACUAAACCCACAUAUCCACACUACCAAGUUCUCAGCAACCUGGAUGAUGAGGAAGAAGACUGCAAGCAACUUCUCAGCGACGAGGAGAGUCAGGAGUGCUGUUCAAAAGAGAAAUUCAGCGAGAUUUUGAAAUUUUCGCAACCAGUGUCAUAUUUUGCUCUGGUAAUUUUGUUGGCUAUUAAUGUUUUCCCAUUCACCCUGCCGGCGGGGCUUGUGAGACCCCUCGUGACAAUGGGCACCGGGUUUCUGAUGCUGCUAUCUGAAGACAACUUGGUAUUAUCAAAUAGGAUACUAACUUAUAUCGGAGACAUUUCAUUCUCCUUAUACCUUAUUCACUGGCCAAUUUAUGCAUAUUGGAAGCUCACUUGCAAUGGAAGUCACGUCUUACUAGCACUUGCUCUGGCGUCUUCCAUAGUUCUUGCUGUAAUCACUUAUGAGACUUUUGAGAAAUGGUACCUCCGGUUAACCUCUACAAGUAUUGGAAUACUUGUUGUAGCACUAUUCUUCAUAAAUGUUGUGGUAAUCAAUAAGGAUGACAUAUCGGAUCAAGUUAACUCAUUUGGAAAAGAUAUUUCAAGUUUGGAUAAUGUCACAGAUGACAUGACACUUGAUGAUGUCGAACGCCUAAACUAUCGUUGGAGUGUCAAUGACAAUAAGAACCUGUUCACUUCCACGUGUGACUAUGAGAAUAAAAAGAGCGCUCUUGGAUGGUGCAGGCACACAGGUCUUCCAAAAUCCGGAAAAUACCGGUUGGCAACAAUUGGUAAUAGUUGGACAGCUAAUCACGCAAAAAUGUUCUACCAAGAAUGCAGUUACAAGGCGAAAAGUAUAAUGCAGGGGUCUGCUUUUGGCUGUGAACCCCUUUACCCUAGUGCUCAAAGUAAGAUGUGCAAGGCAAAUUUCACCGACUUUGAACAAAGAAUUCGCAAGGAAAAGCCGGACUUUGCGUUUAUUUUCACACGCUACAUGUCAAUCGGCGCCCCAUUCCCAAAAAACGUAUCAAGUUUUGACCAGGACCCCAUCUACCAAACCAUGAAGGAGCAAAUGUUGAAAUUCAUUUCGAAUAUCAAGUACAAACUGUAUAUACUUGACGCCCUGCCACGUAUUAAUCGGGGUGUCAUAAACCAACUAGCCAAGCUGUUCAGAAAUCAUACGGAUCCGGUGGCUAUUGAUGACAUGUUCGUCCGGCCUGCCGAGUAUGAAAUGGCCCGAAAACGACAUGCUCAAUUAGUCAAAGACUGCAAGGGAAAAUGUAUAAUGGUGGAUUAUGUGCCAGAAUUCUACAAUACGGAAACAGGAACGUUUCGGUAUUUUGACGAACGGGGCUUCUCGUAUUGGACAACACCUUCCCACUUGUCACCGCAUGGAAUUGAGCAUGUCAGACAUGUUUGGCGAGAUAUUUGUGAAAAGUUAUAAUAGUUUUGUGAAAUGGAGUGUGAAUUGAUUGUUAGAUUGUUAAUGAAUUUUUUAAUACCUUUUUAAGAUGAUAAAAUUUCGGAAC